GGAAAACAGUCGUUUGUCCUUACCGUUGCUUCUAACGGCCCUCAGCAGGAGCGACAUGGAUGGGGAGGAGAAGACCCCUCUCCCCCCAGCCCCCAGCCCUCCCGCCCCCGACCCUGCCGCAGUCGACGCGCAUCCCCACCAGAGCCCGAGGCUCCGCGAGGAACCUGAGGCGUCACAGGUGAUGGCGACGACCGGUGAGGAAAGCUCGGAGGUCUCGGCGCUCCCACAGCCCCAGCCUUCAGAGGAGGGGGGAGCACGCCGGGAGUCCGGGGCCUGGGGCCUGACCCCUCAGGCCCUGGUAGCCGGGGAUCACUGUUACGUAGCCUCCAAUGUGGAGCCUCUCCCCGACUGCCCCGAAGCCGUCUCGGCGGCCGUGGCAGCUUACUGCCGCCUGAGGAGAGUCGGUCAGCGCGGCUUCGGCGGAGACUGGGCCCGAGGCGGCCGUGGAGCCGAGAGGUCGGGCUUCGGGGCGAUGGCGCCGGCCGAGAAGCUCUCGAGCUCGGCCGUGGAGGAGGAGGGGGAGGAGGCGGCCCAGGGAGGCGUGAAGGAGGAGGUGGCGGGAGAGGAGAUGGAGGUCGGGGAGAACCCGGCGGGGGCUGGAGGAGACGCGGCGGGGAGGAAUGGACCCGCGCCGGCGCUCCGCUUCCGACCCCUGCCGAUGGAGCGGCGGAUGAACCCCCUGGAGGCCAUCCAGUUGGAACUGGACACGGUCAACGCCCAGGCCGACAGGGCCUUCCAGCAUCUCGAGCAGAAGUUCGGGAGGAUGCGUCGCCACUACCUGGAACGGAGGAACUACAUCAUUCAGAACAUCCCGGGCUUCUGGAUGACGGCCUUCCGCAACCACCCGCAGUUGGCCCCCGUCAUUAGGGGCCAGGAUGCAGAUAUGUUAAGGUACGUCACCAACCUGGAGGUGAAGGAACUCAGACACCCGAGAACGGGCUGCAAGUUCAAGUUCUUCUUCCGACGCAACCCCUACUUCCGAAACAAGCUGAUUGUGAAGGAGUAUGAGGUCCGGAACUCUGGCCGGGUGGUCUCUCUCUCCACGCCCAUCGUCUGGCGCCGGGGCCACGAACCCCAGUCCUUCAUUCGCAGAGACCAAGACAUGGUCUGCAGUUUCUUCACUUGGUUCUCAGACCACAGUCUUCCCGAGUCUGACAAGAUCGCCGAAAUUAUCAAGGAGGAUCUGUGGCCAAAUCCACUGCAAUACUACCUGUCUCGUGAAGGAAUCCGCAGGCCCAGACGCCGCCCAAUCCGGGAGCCAGUGGAGAUCCCUAGGCCCUUUGGGUUCCAGUCUGGUUAACCGUCCACCCCGGAGAAGUUGCACAAAAUCCCCUACCACCUCUUGCUGGACCUGUGCUUACAUCAAAAAUGGGUAUGACUCCCCCUCCCCACACUCCAUCCUUCUCUGCUGUAUCUGUGACCUUCAUUUCUCUCAACUUCCGAAUUGAGAAUUUCCAUGGAGACGAUUUUCCUCUUCUGCAUAGCCUUCGUAUUAUUCUGCUUUGCUAUCCCAUGCUGCAUUGUCAUCGCCAAGCAAAUGAUACUGUAGAUUGCACUGCUUUUAUCUGCUCUGUUUGGAUCCUGUUUCCAGGACUUUUUGUCUCUUGCUUACAACUUGCAACCUGAAACUUUUUCUAGGAGCAUUCUGUACACGUUUUGCCAUACAGAUAUAUAGCCCGUGGACAGUUGGUGAGCGUUAAUGGUAUCGAGGGAGAGCAUCACUGUACGCUUUGGUUUAUGAGAAUCCAUUGUUCGUUUUUUGUACCUCUGGUCACCUAUUGCUUCCUGUUACUAUGUUAACUUUCAGACUGUUUUCAGCCCUGUUGUUUGGUUUCUGGUAAACAAUCUCCAAAACUGGUCUGGCGGUAGACACAGGUUUUCUCUCAGCUCACACACACACACACACACACACACACACACACACACACACACACAAACAUCCUUCCACCCCCUCAUUUCUUACCUUCCUUCUCCAUCUUCUAGAUGUGCUGUCACUAAAGUAAUUGAAGUGAUAUGAUGGACUCAGCCCUCAAGGCAAAGUUAGGAUAGUGGCUAUUCUAAAUACCAGACUUUGUUAGUUCGAACUAGCAACAUUACAUUAAAAAAAAUCUAGAUACCUUCGUGUAUCUCUUCUCUUUCUGAACAUGGUUAAAGUACCAAAGGGGCAAUUCCAGUUCUCCAGUUUUGUUUGUCUCACAAACAAAAAGCCACAACUUUUCAUUUUUUCCUGGUGAUAGGUUGUCCUAUAAAAUAGGUUGCUAUAACACUUAAAUAUGCCUUUCACUUCUUCAGAAACACUUUGUGGGUUUAAAGGAAGAUCUAGAUGUAAUGAAAAGUGAUUGUUCAAAACAGGUAGGUUAACUAAAGAGAAUGUGGUGGUUUCUCCAAACAGGAGAAACAAUAAAAAGGCAAAGGUGAAAAUUAGGCCUAAAAUGAGACUUCAAGGAAGACGUUUUGUCGGUGGUGAUGGGAGGAGAAAUACUUACCAGUAUUUCCAUGGGACCAUUGAAGGGAGCUCCAAGGGAGUUGUUUAUAGAAGAGUUCUUUAAAGAAAUGGCACACAACUUUGGGUGCUUUAUUAUUUGUAUAUGACUUAGUUUGUACAGAAAAUGAAGACUAUGUUUUGUUUCUUUAGCAUUUAGUAAAAUCUUCACUCUCUCUUUGCUUACCGGCAAAGGAGCUCUAUAGGCUAUAUUGUGCUUUCUGUUGGGAGCAUUUAAAAAUUUUUGUUUUAUUUUGUGAUAGAGACAAUUAUUCAUGACAGCUUUUAAUUUGAUUUUGUUUCUGUUAAAACUGUAUUAUUAAUAUAAUUUGAAUGACUUGUUCUUACCAGAUUCUGAAGACUUUGAAACUGUUAUCUUCUUGGAAAAGUAACAGAAAAGGUGUGGCUUAAUUUUUGACUUGAUAACUUUCUUUUGUAACAAUUUGAUAGUUGACAUCUCUUCUCCUAUACCGUAAGUGCUUGUGAAAUUGCUGUCAAAUUUGAAAAUGUACCAUUAACAUAGUUUUCCUUAUGUGCAUGAUGGUAAAAUAAAAGCAUGUUAAUCUUC